CUGGUUUCAGGAUAGAGGCAAAAGAGAAACAACCUGAUGGGUAACAGAAAUGAGGCCCACACACUACUUUUUCAAAAAAUAAUCUCCUCACAUGCCAAGUCAUAUUUGUGCCUCACCCGCCAUAAAACUUUUAGUAAUAUAGUUGGUUACUUCCUUUCCUCUACUAGCUUCUUGUUUUAUUGUCCUCAAUUAGAUCACAAAUUUGCCUUGAGACGAAUUAAGUAACAAAAUAUUAGUGCCAAGUUUUGUUUGAUCAUUUACUUUUUCAGCCGCAAGAAUGAAUCAACAGAAAAGCUCUUUGCAGGUUUCUCCUCUUAUUCCAUGGAGUUAUGAUGUUUUCUUGAGCUUUAGAGGUGAAGAUGUACGCAAAACUUUUGUUGAUCAUCUGUACGUUGCUCUGCAACAAAAGGGAAUUCAUACCUUCAAAGAUGAUGAGAAAUUAGAGAAAGGCAAGUCCAUUUCACCUGACCUUGUGAAAGCAAUUGAAGAGUCAAGGAUAGCUUUGAUUAUAUUCUCCGAAAGCUAUGCUAAUUCAACAUGGUGUUUAGAUGAAUUAACAAAGAUCAUGGAGUGCAAGAAUGUAAAAGGACAAAUUGUCCUUCCAGUGUUUUAUGAUGUAGAUCCAUCAACAGUGAGGAAACAAAAAAAAAGCUUUGGAGAAGCAUUUAGAAACCAUGAAGACUGUUUCAAGGUGCAAAAAUGGAGAGCAGCAUUGGAGGAAGCAGCUAAUUUAUCUGGCUGGGAUUUGCCAAAUACUGACAAUGCGCAUGAAGCUAGAGUCGUAAAGCAAAUUGUGGAAGAUAUAAUGGCUAAAUUGGGUGGACAGACACAUGCAAGCAAUGCUGAAAAUCUUGUUGGGAUGGAGUCACACCUGCAAAAAGUGUAUAAAAUGCUUCAGGUCGGGUAUGGUGGAGUUCGUUUCGUUGGAAUAUGGGGUAUGAGCGGAGUGGGGAAGACAACUCUAGCGAGAGUUAUUUAUGAUAAUAUUCGGGGUCAAUUUGAAGGUGCAUGUUUUCUUCAUGAAGUUAGAGACCGUUCAACAAAACAGGGCCUGAAGUGCUUGCAGGAGAUACUUCUUUCUGAGAUCCUUUUCCUAAAAGAUCUAAGGAUCAACAAUUUAUAUGAAGGAGCUAAUAUGCAAAAACAAAGACUACAAUGCAAAAAGGUUCUUCUUGUUCUUGAUGAUGUUGAUCACAUAGAUCAGUUAUACGCUUUAGCUGGUGAGCGGGAAUGGUUUGGUCCCGGAAGUAGAGUCAUCAUAACAACUAAGGACAAACACUUGCUUGUUAAGCAUGAGGUGGAAAAGAUAUAUAGAACGAGAGCGUUAAAUGAAGAUGAAAGUUUGCAGCUUUUUAAACUGUAUGCUUUCAAGAAAAAUUAUCAUAAAAAGGAAUUCAUGGAUCUCUCAGCUCAAGUGAUAAGGUAUACUGCUGGACUCCCCUUGGCUUUGAAGGUCUUGGGCAGCUUCUUGUAUGGAAGAGAUUUGGCUGAGUGGAGAAGUGAAGUGGAACGAUUGAACCAACUACCUGAAGAUGAAAUACUGAAGCAACUCGAACUAAGUUUCAAUGGACUCAACAACAUUGAACAAAAGAUAUUCUUAGACAUUGUGUGUUUCUUCACAGGGAAGAAGAAAACUGCAGUGACGAGAAUACUUGAGAGUUAUAAUUUCAGCCCUGUUAUCGGCAUAAAAGUUCUCAUGGAGAAAUCUUUGAUUACUAUCUCAAAAGGUCGAAUUUUAGUGCACCAAUUGAUUCAAGAAAUGGGCUGGCACAUUGUUUGUCGAGAAGCUUCCGAUAAUCCAAGAAGAUAUAGUAGGUUGUGGAUGUCCAAAGAUAUUUCUCAUGUACUUACAAGAAAUAUGGGCACAGAAAACAUUGAAGGCAUAUCACUGAACUUGACCAAUACAGAAGAAAUUAAUGUUAUUCGCACAGCCUUCAUGCAGAUGACCAGACUAAGGUUUCUAAAACUCAAGAAUGCAUCUGUUUGUCAGGGUCCUGAUUUUCUUCCUGGUGAGUUGAGGUGGCUUGAUUGGCACAGAUAUCCUUCAAAAAAUAUGCCAAUUAGCUUUCAGGGAGAGCUGCUUGUUGGUUUGAAAUUGAAAAAUAGCCGCAUCAUACAACUAUGGAAAGUCUCUAAGGUUCUAUGGAAUUUGAAGUACAUCAACCUUAGCCAUUCACAGAAGCUAAUAAGGACCCCAGAUUUCUCAGGUACCCCUAAUCUUGAAAGGUUGGUUCUUGAGGAGUGUACAAGUUUGGUAGAAAUCAAAUUUUCUGUUAAAGAUCUUGGAAAGCUAGUGCUGCUGAAUCUGAAGAACUGCAGAAAUUUAAAGACCUUACCGAAGAGUAUUCAACUGGAAAGUCUUGAGGUUUUGAUCCUAUCAGGCUGCUUAAAACUCAAAACAUUCCCAGAGAUAAAAGAAAAAAUGAAUUGUUUAUCAGAACUGUACUUGGAAGGAACUGCUUUAAGAGAACUACCCGCAUCAAUUGAGAACCUUUCAGGAGUUAGUUUGAUAAAUCUAAGUUACUGCAAGCAUCUUGAGAAUCUUCCAAGCAGUAUUUUUAGAUUGAAGUGUCUAAGAAGACUUGCUCUAUCGGGGUGCUCAAGACUCGAAAGACUAUCAGAUGACGUGGGACUUUUAGUGGUUUUAGAGGAGCUCCACUGUGAUGGCACAGCCAUCCGAACAAUUCCCUCCUCUAUUUCUCUGCUAAAGAACCUUAAGCACUUAUCUUUUAGUGGAUUUAAUGCUUUGGGUUUACAAGUAGGCAGCUCAAUCUUCUCCUCUUGGCUUCCAGGAAAAGGCCAAAACUCCAUGGGUCUAAUUAUUUCUCAUUUAUCGAGUCUUUGUUCAUUGACAACGUUGGAUAUUAGUUACUGCAAUAUCUCAGAUGGAGGCGCCCUAUGUAAUCUUGGGUGCUUAUCAUCUUUGGUGGAAUUGAAUCUUAGUGGUAACAAUUUUACCAAUAUUCCAGCUCCAAGCAUCAGUGGUCUUACCAGACUCAUACGCCUUGAAUUAGUUGGCUGUAGGAAGCUUGUGAGUUUUCCAGAGCUUCCUCAAUGUAUAGAAGAGGUGCAUGCCGAUGAAUGUACAUCUUUGGAGAGCAGAGAUAAAUUAGUCAAAUAUCCAAUGUUGCGCCGAGUUUACGUUGGACAAUGUUCUCUUCGUGGUGCUGAUGAUAGCAUCCAUGGAAACCUAUUAAAGAUCAAUAACCAAGCCUUGGGAGCUUCUAGAAGGCCUAUGAUAAGAUCCAAUACAAAGGAACUUAAAGACAAGUUAAUUCCUUUAAUAGAGCAGACCCAAGAUAAAAAAUGGGCAGUCCGGUGCACUAAGCUCCCGCUAUACGCGGGGUCCGGGGAAGGGUCGGACCACAAGUUUCUAGUCAACUUUACCAGUUACGCCAAGACUUCCCUUCAGAGCAGACCCAAGAUAUAUUUGUGAAUUCAAUAUUUGCGGCUCCGGAUCAGAGAUUCCCAAGUGGUUUACGUAUAAAAACUUGGGGAAAUAUUUUUCAGUGACCAUUCCCGAGUCAGUCUGAUAUGUUUGAUCCUCCAAGAAGCGCACUGCAUAAAAGUACACACUUCCCAGUGACUUGACUAAUCUCCUUAAACUACUUGCCUGUCAAUUUCUUCUCUUGAAUAAACUUCACAUUGGUGAAGAUCUCAGCAGACAGCUCAAUUGCUUGGUUGAAACCGUUUUGAUAGGAGACGAGCAAAAAGUAAGGCUGAUAGUGUAACUGAAAUUUGUGUUCUUUUUUCUGCCGUUGUUGUUUUCUCUUGAUAGAUAGAGAUUUUUACUGCAUAGAAGAAUUAUGUUGUUUUGAUUUACCUACGUCAUCAAUAACGCCCUCUUACCAGUCCGCUAAUUUCAUUUUGUAAGGGAAAAUCUUAACGAGGUCUUAUUGUGAAUAAAAAAAGAUAGUCAAACUGAAAGCUGCCGACUUCAAUGAAGUCAUAUUAAACAAUACUGCAAAAUGGUUAGUUGUCUCCAUGUGCUAAAUUCAUGCUGCCUAGUGCUUGCUUUAAAUAUUCAUUUGUUGACUGACUUCCUCAAUAUUUUCUUCAAUACACUUGGUUUCCUGGAAGAUGACUAAUAUACAAUAAUUUGGAUGCAGUUUCAAUUAGUAUAUUGCCACCUUUUGUCCUGCGUAUAUAAUUAUUGUAAUAGUGAAGCACCUCUGCCAAAAUAAGAGUUGGUGCUAGUUAGAUAUUAAUCAGAGUCCUAAGUAUAAUUGUUAAUUACUUAUCAUAGAGCUAGCUAGCCCAGUUCCUUUCCUCUUCUCCAGCUUAUUUUUUGAAGCAAGAUUGUUGUUCAUUUACUUUUUCAGACCACAAGAAUGACGGAGAAGAGCUCUUCUUCUUCCUCUACUUCCCCUAAUCAUACUUUUCGGUGGAUUACGAUGUUUUCUUAAGUUUUAGAGGCGAAGAUGUACGCAAAACAUUUGUUGACCAUCUGUAUGUUGCUCUGCAACAGAAGGGUAUUCAUACCUUCAAAGAUGAUGAGAAGUUAAGAGAGAGGCAAGUCCAUUUCACCAGAUCUUAUGAGAGCGAUCGAAGAGUCAAGGAUAGUCUUGAUCAUUUUUUCCAAAAACUAUGCUAGUUCAACAUGGUGUUUAGAUGAAUUAACAAAGAUCAUGGAAUGCAACAAACAAAAAGGACAAAUUGUCCUUCCGGUGUUCUAUAUGAUGUAGAUCCAUCAACAGUGAGGAAACAAAAGUCUAGCUUUGGAGAAGCAUUUAGCAAUCACGAAGCCAGUGGCUGCUUAAAGGAUAAGAAGGUGCAAAAAUGGAGGUCAGCAUUGGAGGAAGCUGCUAAUUUAUCCGGCUGGGAUUUGCCAAAUACUGCCAAUGCGCAAGUAUCAUGAAACCAAUCUCAUCCUGAUAAUUGUUCAUUACUCACUAAAUUCUUGGAUCAUUUCUAUUUGGCAUCACAAGGGCCAUUAGACUAGGUAGAUUUAGUUUUGUAAUCCAUUAUAAAUGUUACUUUAGCUAUGACUUAUUUUCUAUAGGAGAUCGGUAGAAAAUAAUCUGUAAAAGUAACACAUGAAAUUCCCUAUUCAAAUUGUAAGUAGGCUGGCAUAUAUGUUCAUUUCCACACUAA